CCCAGCUUCCGUGUUUACACACCCACAAGAGAAACCAGAGCGGCGGCGGUCGCACCAAUGUUUACCGAGCAAGCAUAGAGUCACACUGGAGGCUGCAGCACAGGUGAUUCUGCGUCCACGGUUGCUUCUCCCAGCGGAAUGUUCACUCGAAGGGGACAUGGGGACGUCAAGAAAUCUACACAGAAAGUUUUGGACCCAAAGAAGGAUGUACUGACCCGGCUCAAACACCUCCGGUCUCUGAUAGAUUUCACUGACAAGAGUGAGCUGAAGAUUUUCUUCGAGAGCAACUGUUCACAGAUUUAUUUUAUCUUCUAUGAAAAUUUCAUUACACUGGAAAGCAACUUAAAACAAAAAGGGAACAAAUCUCAACGGGAGGAGCUGGACUCUAUCCUCUUUAUUUUCGAAAAAAUUCUUCAGCUACUUCCUGAGAAGAUCUACAGCCGAUGGCAGUUCCACAGUAUAGGUUCUAUUCUCAAAAAGCUUCUUCACACUGGAAAUUCGUUUAAGAUCCGCUGUGAGGGUAUCCGUCUCUUCCUGCUGUGGCUGCAGGCCCUGAGAGACAACUGUGCUGAGGAGCAGUUCCUCAUCUUCGCCUGCCUAGUACCAGGCUUCCCUGCUGUGCCCUCUAGCAGAGGACUCUGCACUCUGGACACCAUCAUUUACAACCCUUUCUCGACCGCCCCAGAUGCCAAAGUGGUGCCGGAGGAGAUAACGCCGCUGGUUCCUGCUGUGACUGGAGAAAAAGUUGCAGAUGACCAAACAUGUUUCAUCCUCGAAACCCUCCUCAAGUACAUGGUCAUCCAGGCUUCCAGUCUAGAGUGGAAGAUCAAAGAGAUCCAAGACACAGGCUUCAGGUUUCUCUUCACCCUAUUUAAGAAGUACUACCUUCCUCAUCUCUUCCCCUCUUUCACCAAACACACAAACCUCUACAAGCCACUCUUGGACCUCCCCCAUCACAGACCCAAACCCUUGUACGUACCAGUGACUCGCAACAAUGAGAGCACCUUCUGCACUAGGGACCAGUACCUGGCACCGCGUGUGGCCUUCAUCACUUGGUUGGUCACCUUCUUCCUGGAGAAGAAGUAUGUUAGCAGCAGUGCUGCAGCGCAGAGCGCAAAAAACGGCACAGAGGUCAUUCCCAAACUCAUUCAGACUGUCACUGCAGGCGGUAGCAGCCAGGAAAAGGACAAAACAGCAGAGGGGGAUCUGAAUGGGCCUGCGGGGGAGCCGGAGAAGAGCCACUCCAACAGCAGCACUUUGUCGGAUAGACGGGCCAGUGAUUCCAGUUUGUGUAGCAUUGAGGAGGAGCACCGCUAUGUGUAUGACAUGGUGCAGGGCAUCCUGCUGUCCACGCGGGACAAUGUGAACUUUGUGAACGAAGUCUUCCACCAGGCUUUCCUGCUGCCUUCAUGUGAAGCGUCUACAACCAGGAAGGUGAUAAAAGUGUACAGGAAGUGGAUCCUUCAGGAGAAGCCCAACUUCAUGGCAGAGCCAGACAAGAGUCCACAAGAUGAUGAAGUAGACGACAAUGCUGAGCGGAUUCUCAGCAGGGAGGCAAAUGCUAUGCUGGUACAGACAUUGCAGAGUCAUGGGCACAAGCGGUCGUCCAGUUGGGGAAGGACAUACUCCUUCAGCAGCGCCAUCAGUCGAGGUUUUUUGACAGAGGAACAGAACACAGACAUCAAGGCUGGUAUCCAGCCAACACUACAGGUGUUCCUGACUAACUCCUCUAACGUGUUCCUGUUGGAGCCAUGUCAAGAUGUUCCAAAACUCUUAGAUAACCAGGUGGAAGUGUGCAAGUGUGUUCUCAGCAUUUACCGGCACAUGAUCAUGGAGCCCAGCAUGAACACACAGACAUGGGAGCAGAUGUUGCAGGUACUACUGAGGAUUACAGAGGCUGUGAUGAAAAGGCCACAAGAAAACCAAAGAAAGGAUUCUUUUGCAGAAAAUUUGGCAUCAAUUCUUUUUAAGACCAUCAUCGUGGCCUGGGUGCGAGCCAACCUGUGUGUGUUCAUUUCCCGUGAGCUGUGGGACGAGUUGCUGGCAGUGCUCUCCUCGCUCACCUACUGGGAGGAGCUGGUUACAGAGUGGGCCAGCAUCAUGGACUCGCUGACGGCUGUCCUGGCUCGCUCCGUGUAUGGCCUGGACAUGUCCAACUUGCCUCUGGACAAGCUCAGUGAACAGAAGGAGAAGAAGCAGCGGGGACGUGGUGUGAUCCCAGACAUGCAGAAGGCAGCAGCGGUGGCACGUUCCUUCUCACUCAGCUGGAGAAAUCAGGGUGAACACGGGGGACCUGGAGCCACAGAGCCCAUGAGGGUCAGGUCUGCCACCACAUCAGGGGCUCCUGGUGUGGAAAAGGCUCGAAACAAUGUCCGCCAGAAGGCAUCUGCUAAGCGAAGCCAGUCCAUAAGCAACUGUGUCCAUCUGUACGAAGCUUUGCCUACUACUAAAAGUGUCCCUAUGCUGCUCCACACUGUCACUACUGUCUUGCCUGGUAUCUCUUCUGGUAAUUCUGCUUGCUCUCACAGACUCUCAGAUGUAGAAGAGUGUCAGUUGUCGGAGUGUGGUGCAGAGGACGAGCUGGGAGGUGCAGAGAGUCCACUUCCACGCAGCAGCAGCACCUCAGACAUCACACAACAGAUAUCGGAGACACUUCCAGCAGACCAGAAGAGGGAGCACUCCCCAACUUCCUCUGGUUCAGAUGGCAGGACGUCUGGGAUGGAUGGCAUCGAACCUCCUGUGAUCUACAUUCGAUCCAGCAGCAUCCCAAGUGAGACUGACAACAACACUGAAGCACAACAACACUACUUGCGACCAAAACUGAGAGAGAAAAGUGAGAGUAUAAGCAGUGAGACAUCCAAUGGCUAUUUGAAUGAGGCAGAGGUCUGCCCGACAUUCGAUGAGGAGGACACUCAGUCCACCCAAUCAGCUCACAUGGAUGUGACCAGCAACCCUCAGGGUCCUGGAAAUCUGCUGCUCAGUCACCAUGAAGCUCUUGCAGGUUCCGAUUCCACAUCCCCUCCCUACUCCACAUCCCCAUACUACCAGCAUCAUUUCCAAUACCCUCAGAACCCACCAGCCUCACCCGCCCUACUGGUUCACACAGAGCCCCCGAGGGAUUACCGCCUGGACCAAACUAUGCACAGCAGCGAGUGUCUGGCUGAUGAUGUGAGCAUCAUCGCUGGUGGAACACUGACCGGUUGGCAUGCAGACUCUGCCUUCGUCCUGUGGAGAAGAGUUUUGGGCAUCCUGGGGGAUGUCAACAACAUCCGGUGUCCCAGAAUCCACUACAAAGUUUUCUCCUAUCUCUAUGAGCUGUGGCACAAGCUGGCGAAGAUAAGGGACAAUCUUGGCAUCAGCGCAGACAACCAGUCAUCUCCUCCUCAGCCUGCCUUCAUCCCACCGCUCCGAAUGCUAGCCUCCUGGCUUUUCAAGGCAACAAUGCUACCAGCAGAAUACAAGGCGGGGAAACUCCAAGCAUACAGGCUGAUCUGCGAGAUGAUGACCAGACAACAGGAUGUUCUGCCGAACAGUGACUUCUUGGUGCAUCUCUGCCACAUUAUGCACAACGGCCUAACAAGUGAUGACCAGGAUGUUCUAAACACAAUCAUCCGAUCCUGCUCCCCACGGUUCUUCUUCCUCGGCCUUCCAGGCUUCACCAUGCUGGUUGGAGAUUUCAUCACUGCCUCUGCGUGUGUGCUCAGUACUUCGUCCUCUGAGGCUCCAAGGAUGGAGGCGCAAACCAUUCUGGGGUCACUCGUGUGUUUCCCCAACCUGUAUGUUCAGAUCCCUGUGUUACGGAGCGGGGGUGGCGAUAUCGCUGUUGGAAAUGAGGAUGUUAAGGAUUAUCUUGUCAACAUCUUGCUGGAAAUGGCGACCAAGGAACACUGUGAAGGAGCCAGGUGCAUCGCCGUGUGCAGCCUUGGUCUGUGGGUUUGCGAAGAGCUGACCCAGAAACAAAUUCACUACCAGGUGAAAGAUGCCAUCAACGUGCUGGGAGUAACACUAAAGUUUGGGAACAAGGCAGUGGCUCAGACGGCGUGUGACGUUUUUCAGCUGCUCAUCUCUCACUGGGAACAUCUGCAACGGUUGGACUCCUCACUGCCCAAAAAAAUAAUUGAGAUCUUUGUGGCCACAAUUGCCUUUUUGCUGCCAAGUGCUGAACACUCCAAUGUGGAGGCAGACAAAAAGUUGCUGGUGUCGUUACUGCUGUGCUUGUUGGACUGGUGCAUGGCUGUUCCUCUGAGCCUCUUGUUGGAGCCCAUCACUAUGACGCAAGAGAACCACAUCCCUCACAAAGCCCCGAUACUGGACUACAUCUACAGGGUGCUGCACUGCUGUGUGUCUGGCUCCACUCUCCACACCCAGCAAAGCCACUACCUCUUGAGCCUUUCAGACCUGUCUCCUGACUAUGACCUCAUGUUGGGACAGGUUAAAAGCUUCGACCCGCCUCCAUCCCAGUCUGCCAGCAACGAUUUUGGCAGCUUGGUGACAUUAUCUGAGGAAAAACGUCACAGAAAUACCAUACCCCUGACGGCAAGAAUGAUCAUGACCCACCUGGUGAACCAUAUAGGUCACCAUCCGCUAAGCGGCGGCCCUGCGCUCAUCCACAGCCUUGUUAGUGAAAACCAUGACAACCCAUAUGUGGAGUCUUCUGAGCUGUCGUCUGAGGUCUUUAAAAGUCCAAACCUCCAGCUGUUUGUCUUCAACGACACCACGUUGGUGUCCUACCUACAGAUUCCUGCUGAAGCCCCGACUGCUGGUCAACCGCCUCUCCCGUCCUCCCAAGUGCGGGUGAUCAUCCGUGACAUCUCAGGCAAAUACUCAUGGGAUGGUUCCAUCCUCUACUCGACCGAUUUUGAGGAAUCAAAUGAUGGCGGGGUUUUUCAUGCGGUGAAUCGCCCUCUUUCUACAGUGGCACACUAUAGACCCCAUCCUCUUUCUCCCACCAAGGGGAAGACCAAACAUCGAAGCAAUUGUUCAGAUUACUUCUCAGACUGUUGUGACGAGGAGGAGACUGACGUUUUAGAUAAGCUUUUGGAAGACCUGGGGCACACAAGCAGUGAAUGCCUUCCGCAGCCACAGCUGAAGUUAAACCAGCCGGCCCCUUCACCGUGCGGCAUGAACCUGGAGCUGGAAAACGCCAUCCUUGAGGCCAUUCUUCGUCAAACCCAACAGGAAGAGGAACAAGUGAGGAGAUUGGAGUCAGAUGUCAGCCAUCAAGUUGCUCAUCAGCCCAAACCAUGCCCAGAGGAACCCAAUGCUGCUUUUUACUUCUGUCGACUGCUGCUGAAUGACCUUGGAAUGAACUCUUGGGAGCGCAGGAAAAACUUUCAUUUGCUGAAAAAGAACUCCAAACUCUUGAGGGAACUGAAGAAUCUGGAUUCCAGGCAAUGCCGAGAGACGCAUAAAUUUGCUGUUUUCUACAUUGGCGAAGGCCAGGAAGACAAGUGCUCCAUCUUGUCCAACAGUGCCGGCAGCAAGCCGUAUGAAGACUUUGUGUCUGGACUGGGAUGGGAGGUGGACCUGGCUACACACUGUGGUUUUUUGGGAGGCUUACAGAGGAACGGCAGCACUGGUGUAACCGCUCCAUACUAUGCUACCUCCACUGUGGAAGUAAUCUUUCACGUCUCGACACGCAUGCCGUCCGACUCUGAUGACUGCCUCACUAAAAAGUUGCGUCACCUGGGAAACGACGAGGUCCACAUUGUGUGGUCGGAGCACACCCGAGACUACAGGCGCGGCAUCAUCCCAACUGACUUCGGAGACGUGCUGAUCGUCAUCUACCCCAUGAAGAACCACAUGUUUUUCAUCCAGAUCAUGAAGAAGCCACAGGUUCCCUUCUUUGGUCCUUUAUUCGAUGGCGCCAUUAUCAGCGCGACUCUCCUGCCGAGCCUGGUGCGGGCCACCUGUAUCAACGCCAGCAGGGCUGUCAAGUCCCGUCUGACCCUCUACCAGAGCUUCUAUGAGGAGAGAGCUCUGUAUUUGGAAGCUAUCGUCCAGCACCACAAAGAGGUCAUGACUUUCGAGGACUUUGCCUCGCAGGUCUUCUCCCCGUCUCCCAGCUACCCGAUAAGCGGAACAGCGUGCAGGCGUUGGCCGGGGAUGGUCUGGGACCUGGAGUACCCCUGGGCCAAAAUGGACUGUAAGACUGCUUGCUUUCUCCACUUUAGGCAUGAAGCCACCGAGCAUUGACAUCUGUUCAUCCAUUUAGGUCACAACGACCCCACCAGCUGCACCAGCUGCUUGUUUUAGCUUCAUUUGCAGAACCUGCAUGUUAACUGAUGUGUUUGAUUGAUGCCACAUUGUCCCACUCUGAGCCAUCACUCCACCACUCAUUGUCUUUUGGGUUUGUCAUUAACCUUCACAGCCUUUAUUGCCUCACACUGACCAGCGCUGUGACUCCCCGCAUGAGCUCGUCUGAGUUUCCCUGUUUGUGUAUUUGUUGCUGUUUUCAUCUUAACACCUCUGGAUGUUAAACAAUAAAGCUGGUUUGAGUUGCUCCUCAAACCUGCAUUGUUCCACAUCUGUGCCUCUGAGCUCAGAUGGUACAUUGUUGAACCACCCAAAAAAACAACUAAGUGAAAAAUAUGUCUGAACUGUGACUCUGUUCAGACAGAGUCACAGUGAACUGAAAUAUUUUGUUCUAGUCAUUUCAAAUAAUGAAGGAACUGCUCAAGGUGUAGGUACAGCUACUUCUCCGUCUACAAAUGACUCGUGGCUCAUACUCCGGUUACAACUAGUACUCCUACUACCUGAGCUAAUUCAGGAAUCUGAUUUUGUACACACAAAUCUGAGAACUCCAGAGAGGCCACUGGGAGUAAUGGUGAACACAGGCUGCAACUUCAUCAUCUGAUGUGAUGAGGCUCAUAUCUUGGUGGCAUGAAUCUCAUUUGCUUGUAGAAAUUCACACUUAACUUACACAGUGUACACUUAGACAACAAAAAUUGCUAACACAAUUAUAACUACUUAUACUUCUGUUUAACCUUCUAUGAUACGCAAGCACAACCAAUAAUAAACCAUAGAUGCUGCUCUAAAACUAUAGAUUCUACCAAAGCAUCACAAACAUUUCUAACAGGAAGUAGUACCAUAAAAAAUCAUUGCAAGACCGACUGAUGAACCAAGGAAAACUCCUGCAAUAUUUCAGUCACCAGUAGAACUUUACUAAUUUACUAAAGAUGUAAGAAAGACUAGUGCAUCUGUGUGACUGGAAUAGCUGCUUUUACUAAUGUGCAAACUGUAGAUAUUACUAUGGCAACUGCAACUAGUUAUCGUCUUCAACUACUACUUCAACUUUCAAAUCUACUUUUGCUAAUAAUACGUGGACAACUAGAUAUAUUGCUACUCCUACAAUUUCAAUUCUUACACACUAUUGACAACUGAUACAAUUAAAUAAGUGCUAUCACAAAGUACUAGUUUGUAGAUGGUAACUUAUACUACAUCCAAUGACAACUUCAUACAAUUUUAUAUCUCACACUUCUAAUACUAAUACUAAAUAUUUAUAUUUGUCUGAACUGAACCAACAGGAAGAACACCAACACCUACUUCCAACACUUGCCUUGGUCAGUUUGGCCUGAUCGUGACUGAAUCUGGAGCCGGCCCUCUGGUGUGAUCUGAGCUCGCCUUCAUAGAUUGAUGACUUGUUCCUGAGUUAACCUUGUUUUCUUGCUUUGAAACUAAACAGCGUCACAUUUGACUGUGCGCACUAAUGGGUUUUAAUCACCAGGUGUCACCGGACCUCGAGAUUCAGAGUCGCUGUGAUUGUCUUCCGGUGCUGACUAACUUGAAACCACACACGCUGCCUGACCCGAUCCCUCGGCAGUGUGUCGGGUCUGCUGUGUUUUAAUCGCUGUCUUAUGUGUGUACUCUACUGUGUUCUCUCCUUUUUAGACUAAAAAAAUCCCUCAAACUGUGUGUGACGAAGGUAAGCCCCGAGUCAGACCGGAAGCUUGCGGCCUACCUUCCCUUGACUCACCCACACAUCGCCGCCCCUCUCCCUUCCUCUACUUUCAAUACUAACCCAGCUUUAUUUACCGAGCGCUGUGACAAAGGGAUGAAAACCAGGCUAUUUAUUCUGAGGCGGGGGUCCUACUGUUUGGGGUCGGCUGAUAAUUGAGAGUGAUGCACGAAGGGGACAAUUAGCACCUGACCAAGUAGCAGCAUGAACAAUACAGCUACACUCCUGCCCUCGCUUGUGCAUGCGGAGCGGCUUUAUCUCCUUCCUCAGCCAACACUUUUAUUUUCAUCCUGAUUUUUUUUCCCCCUCUCCUUCCAUCCCUCCACCUCCUCACUUCCUCCUGUAGGAGUGUGCCUGUUUGCCCGGGGCAGACUCUGAGACUAACACCUGCCGCACUGGAAGACGUCUUUGUCAUCUGAAGCCUUGUUUGAACUGCUACAGUGGGGACCAAUAAGAUGGCCCCGCCAUUGAGGAACCCUUUGUUUUCUUUCUUUCUUUCGUUCCAUCCUUACUUCAGCGGCAAGUUGCAACUAUCUAUUUGUAAAGCAGAUGUUAUUGGAUUAUAAUUGUGAUAGCAUCUUUGAUAUUUGUCCCAGAGCCACAGUUAUUUGAAGCUGCUGUCCAUGGGGUCUUCUUGUCUUUGCCCUACAGAAGCUCGGGUUGCUCCGAGUUCUCACUGCCUGUGACUGACCUAACUGUCAUUAUUUCCAACUUCAUUUCUCAACAUUUUUCUCUGAUGGAAAGUGAAAUUAAAUUGUGAACUGUCGUGAUACUAUAAGCCAAAGGUCGGUCCACAAGAGCUGUUGAUGGAGUGGCACUCCAAGACAACAAUGUAAUUAAUGAGUGGUUUAUGAAUCAUGAUGAAUCACAUUUUAAUAUUCAAUACCACAAUAAUAGUUGAUCAUUUCAGUUGAGUCUUGAACCUGAUGUUUUUAAAAAACUUAAAAACCUUCAUCAUAGGUGACUCGUUUAAACUUCAACCCUGUUCAUAUUGUGACCCACGAAGAGCUGUGUUUCAGUAUGAGUUAUGUAAUUUAACUCUACACAGGUGCUGUAUGCUAGAAUUAGUCUAUUACCUCUUUCUAAAAAUACCCAAAAAAUACGUAAGCUACUUACAUUACUACAGCAAUAGCUGUCAGUGCAACUACUAUGCUUAAAAUCCUACUAGUACCGCUACCAAAAUAGCAGUAAAUACUACUGCAACUACUUCCACGGAAGUACAACAAAAAAAACUACUUCAUUAGCAACUACAUCUAAAACUACAACUGUACUAGUGCAGCAACAUCACUGCAAGUACUUCUACCGAUAUAUACCACUGCUAAUGAUGAAGUUACUCCUUCCAGUACUGCAGUUCUUGUUGGGUGAUCCUGGUCUGUGCUACAAGCUGGGGAACGUGGUCGCCAUAGCCAGAGCAUCAGUCAUGGUGGCUGAGGCUAACAGGAUUGAGGACUUUGAUCCAACAGAUUAGCAGCUCUGCUAGAGAAGUUAAUUCUAGAGCUUGAGUGGUUGUCAGAACUUGACCACCGGGUAAUGGAGGGUGAAGGUUUCUGGUCACUGAAGGUUUGUGAUGGCUUUGUCUGUGACUCUCGACUGAAGUGGAUGACCUGGUCGGUGUCUCUGGCCGAAGAAUGACCCCUGACGAUUUAGUCAGUAGUGUGUUGUAUAAACUAUAUACUGGUGGUUUGUUAAAAACUGGAUGCUUGGCCACUGAACUGGACCCUUCACAUCCUUUGGCUUUACCUUGCAUCAAUAUGCAUAUAUCCAUUAAGUCUGCAGACUUGCAUAUAUCCAAGUCUGUGCCAUGUCCUGGAAUGGUCCUGUGGACGUGAGAGUCCAUACUUUGACACCUAUUACUUCAACCCUCUGGUAGAAAAAUCAACGACAGGAGGUGACCGCUGCAUCAAGGAUUAGUCUGAUGGUCAUAAUGUUAUUGCUAAUGUGCAAUGAAGGUGAAAAUACACGUCUUAUUUACAGUUAUCUGAUUGUUGGUCCUGACUUUGGCAUGCCUUUACAUGACCAGCCUAUGUAUUGGUUGGAGGAGUCAGUGGAGUCCAUGUGCCAGAGAGUCCAGUGUGGCAGAUUUAUAAAAAGUCAUUAAGGUCCACAGUGGGAGUGAUGAGUGUUGAGUGCAGCAUGUACGGACCAGCGUUGAGCAGAGAAGUCUGCGGAGUGGGAGGCGAACUGCACCGCCGCUAUUGUCCGUGUAAAUUAUCUUUAAUGACGGCCGCCUUUCUCCUCUGUGUUUGUCACAAACACAGUUUUAGUUGCGGUUAUAAAACAAAGUGAGUAGAAUACUGGAAUGUAAAGGCUGGCCCACCUCUCCCAGCCAAACCCCUCCCAUUUUCUAUAUUCAUAUGCAGAUUUAAGAUGGUCUGCGCCCUUGCCUCCCUGUAGCUGCGCACAAUACACACGGCCUGGACCAGUCUCCCAGUAUGCAGGGGCCCGGGAUGCUGCCGGUGUCCACUGUGCUGCCGAGUGUCUGUUACUCCAGCCAUCUGCCGUCCCUUUUAGCCGCUGCAACUUGAGAUGCCUCCGAAAAAAAAAUGGCAGAAAAUAAAAGGGAUGGAAAGAAAAUAGGCAGCCAGAUGCCGCCUUCACAAAGCCGGAAAAAAAAAGUUGUUUAAACUGAGUUCAGGGGGGUUCUGGGGUCCGGGGCACUUCAAGGACAGUCACAAUACACCAGCGCUUCUCUCCCACCUCCUGGCUUAUUUGCCAUCUCAUAAUCAUAGGCGGGGAAAAAAAGACAAUGUUGGACAAUAGGAAAGCUCCACAUGUUCACAACAAGCGCAUAAUGUGUAAUUUUAUUUCAUUCAAAGCCUCCUGCCGUCACACUGAGUCCUGAAUUCUGUUCUUCCUCCACCCAGAGAGAGUUGGCUCCUGUUUUAUCAAAUAUUUAUCCGGUUCAAACCGGACUGGGCUUUUUCAAGCUUCUCUGCUGCAUGUGGAAAUGAAGCAUGUCACUACCCUCUUUUAAUGACUUGGAAUCUUUAACACUUGUUUUCCUUUGCAGUCAGUUCUGUGAUUGUUGGUGAUCGCAGCCCACUGCAUGUCAAGCUGGAGACACUUGCUCCUGGACUCAUGCUCUCUGUCUCACACAGGUUCCUUCACCGGCAGCACCAACACAGACGCCUGCUCCGUGGCCACGUCGUCCGACCUGGCCGACCCAGUCUCUCCCACCAUGCCCCGUGCCGCUAAGAACCGAGUUUCUGGGAAACUGCGCCGCUCUGCCAGCGCCAUUAGCAAAUCCUCC